AUGUUUGACUUUUUUGGACUCAUAUUGAGGUAUGAUGUCAUUGCCAAGCGCCUGGGCAAGCUUGGCUAUGCAGUGCAUGGAGAUGAAUACAACGCGGCUGAUUUUGGGCUUCCACAGCAGCGGCGCCGUGCAUGGCUGCUUUGUGUCCAGGAAUGUGAGCUUGCUACCUCGACCAACCACCUUUCUGCAGACAUGAACCUUUUUCGGCGGUUGAGUGUUCCUCUUGCCUUCUGCGUGGACAUGACUCUUAACGUGUCGAAGGAGAGAAAGAAUGUCGCGGCCAAGAAGACUCCAGAGAACGAUCCAAAGUGGAAAGCCGGAUUUGAGAGCCAGUGUGAGAUCUAUGGCAAGGAGGUCGCUGCUCUUCAAGGCGUUGGUUUUUCGGAUUGGCAAAAGUAUGAGAUGGGCAAGGAGCCAGAGCGCUUGAUCCGGGGGUUUGCAGGCAAUGCGCUGCUGGCCUUUCUGACCUUGAAUGAAGGCUCGAUCAUUUCUACUUCCAUCUUUCAGUGGAGCUUUCGCAGCGAUUCUUUUUGGCGCCAGCCGGACAUGGCCACUGUUCUGGAUAUUGCUAAGUCCAUUGCUUUGGUGGGCUGGCGGGAGGGAGAAAUCAUUGGCGCCCGGCUAGUCCCAGACGACCAGAUCAACCUCGACGGCGACUACAAGCAAGGUCAACUGCGCUUUGACGAUGGUGGUAUGAGAGGCCUAGCGUGUGGACUAUGCUGGUGUGGCCUUGUGCACUUUGUGGCAUCUCUUCCAGAGGACGUGUGCGUCCAUCCAAGUGUGGUUGAGCUGGCGAGAUCUUUGUUGCAUCUUCCGACGUGCUUCAAAUCUGCUGCUUCAGAUGAAUCGUCCAACAUGAUCAAGCGGAUUAUCCGCCAGAACGUCGACUCAAAGAAGCUCCCGGUGAGUUCUUUUGAGUGGUCUCAAAUACUUGCGAGCCUCCGCAAGAAUGGUAAGCAGUUGUCAGUGGCAGAAGCGAUCGAUCUCUACAAUGCGAACCCUGAAGUGCAAGCGCAUGGGGGUGCCAGUUCGAAGGACUGUGACAAAUCCGGCGCCGGAAGCCUCUACCUGGACAGCAAGAAACAGUAUGCCAUAAAGCAUUGGUUGGAGAUGACUUCGGAUAGUGCUCGGCUUGAAGUGCAGAUUGCUUUGAGGGACGGUCCGUUCCAAUAUGGACCAUUUGGAGAGCAACUAUCAGUGAUGGCUGCGCUUUUUCUUGGAUCCCAAGUUUCUGUGCCUUGCCCUUCGGAUAGCGCACUUGUCGCGGCAGCUGGCGAGGACACCAUCCCCAUCAACUGGAACCUCCCGAUGACAGAUAUGAGUCAGGCCAUCCUCUUCGCGCGGAUCCGAAUCAGCUUCGAGAAGGCCACAGCAAUCAUCCAGCAGCCAUCUGACAGGAAACGGUAUCGGAUGGCUGAAGAGGAGCUCAUGUUGCUGAGAAAUCGAAUUUGCUUCUGGACGCAGGUGAGACAGUUUUGUUCAUCGAGAAUGAAUGACUUUGCAGACUUUGACAGGUUGGUGUCGACCUCAAACUCAAAGGAUGCGGAGUUUCAGGAGAUCAUGGAGCUUCGCCCGCCAGCGUUUGGGGUUUCCAUGCUUCCAUGUGCUCAAAAGCAAGCUCUGGAGCAAGCGCGCAUCCAAGAGGAGGGUGCGACAAUGGAUGUCGAGAAGGAGAGAUUGAAGGUUCGGGAUACCAGGUGGGCAUACUUUCAAGCGGCACUAGCCAGAGAUCAGCGGCAGCUCAUGUGUGUCAAGGACGCCCCCCAGAAGGUGGAAUCAUUGAAGCAUCGCAAAGCUACUGCUUGGAGACUCCAACAGGCGCAGUUAGGAGAACGAGUGGUUUCGGCAUACAUGGACAAGUUCUUGCGUUGUGAGGUGGUCGGCAAGGCUGAACUGGCACAACAACGAAUCAGUGAAUACAGAUCGUUUGUAGCACAGGCAGCAGGAUGCAGUGAGACAGACAUUUUCUACAUUUGCAUUGUCGACCUGAAUGUCCCCGGCGCCAAGAGUUCAGAACGGAUGGCUGAGUUGGUUUCCUUGGUCCAAUUCAACAACGACCUUUGCCCACAAAGGAACGCUGCUUUGAUCGAGCUGCCGGAGCACGCCAAGAAAACCAGCAAGCGAGGACUAGCUGACGAGGAAAGUGAACUACAGGGCCUGCUCUGGUCUUCCAGGCAGGUGUGCGACACUCGAUGGGUAUGCCCUUUCGACAUACACCCUGCCGCUGAUGCACAGACCAACAGAAGGCGCUUUUCGACCGGGCGAAUUGCGUGCAACGUUGAUGGUGUCGAUGACAACCCAUUUGCAAAUGCCUCAGAGCUUGGGUGUGCAGGACGGCCAUUGUCGAGCGAUGCUUUGCUGCUGCCACUUAGCAGGGACAUCAUAGUUCCAGAAAGUUUGAGUGCAGAGGCAGACCUGAAACAGGCUGAGCGAGUCCGACCUUCGGUCGAAACAUGUUCGGCUCAGAAGGGAACCAAAAGGUGGGAGGCAUUGUUUCAGUCUAUGCUCACAAUGAGUGGCACCAGCUUGCUCAAGAACAAGUGCGUGGUGAUCCUGAACCUCACUGGAUACAUUGAAGAUGCUGGAUGUGCUGCAUUGGAAUUGCGGUUGAAGGAUGCGGAAUACAAAGGUGGCUUCAAAACCAGCAACCUUUUCUACCACAGCAUUUGGUUCCUGAACAAAGAGAGCUUUGGGCAUGCUCGGUUGACCCGAGAAGUGACAGAUGCGUGGAUUACUCGCCGCUUCUCCCAUGGAGGCCAGCAGUUUACCAUGGAGCCACCAGCAUUGACGGCCGCUGACCUGGAGGCAAUCCCUGGAUCUUCCUUGGAGGAUAUGGACAAAAUGAAGUUUGAGGUCUUAGAGCGCACUGGCCCCGGCACCACCUUUACCAUAAAGGUGGACGAACACAAGUUCUGGUCGAUGCAGACUGGAGUGAUCGGUGAUCAGUACAAAGAGCUGCGCGAAAAGCACCAACAGCUGAUUGGUCGUUGUGCAGUUGGGAGUGAGAAAGCAGAAGCCGAGCCAGAGUCUGAAGAGAAUGCUGGAGCGGCUGGAUCAGCGACUGAGAUGGUUGAGCUUGAGUCGGUUUCAAAGUUGGAAGAGACCCUUGGGAUUGAGGUUAAGUGCAACUCCGAGGUGUCCUCAGUGCAGCUGAUUUUGGCCAAAGACUCCAGCAUUUGGCUUUGCUCCACUCAGGACCGGUCCAUCGGAAAGUGCACCGUCUUGGGAGGAUUCGGAACAGGACAAUGGGUGUCCCAGUCUCAGUCAGACAGCCAGCCAGGGAUCGACUUUGUGAUGCCAAGUGAUCGGACCCUUGUCCAGUUGGACGAGGCUAGCUUCAGUUCUGAGGGUCAAGGGGUCUCGACAUCAACUCUUUUCAAGCUCCUUGUUCGCGCGGAGCGCGAGAAAGGAGUUGUUGAACAUCGUGUGAGCUUCCUCACCAUCAGCCGCAAGGAAGAUGCAGCCCUGGAGGAGGCUGGCUGCGAUGGAUUUAAUGUGACCAUCAAAACGCCGAUGACGUUUCGAUGCAUGAGGGACCCGAGAGUUGGAGACAAUGAAGAUAAGGUGACCUCGAAGAACUUUUUUGCGAAGGCCUUGGCAGGUUUGGCAGGAUCGGGAGUUGGCGGUGGUGAUGGCCUUGUAUCCAAAAUUUUCAGGUAUAGGUUUGAGAGAGUGGGCCAGAACUUUAAGGUACAGCGCCCAUACGUCAUCACCAAUAGAGUGCUGACCCUCAAACAAAACCAACCUUUGAAAAUCAGCAAAGCGUGA